AUGGACAGCAUUACAGUACCGAUAAAACCCCGUCGACAACAGAGCGGGCUGGCAUGCGAGGAAUGCCGCUCACGAAAGCUCAAGUGUGAUAUGGGGGAACCCCAAUGUGGGACGUGCUACAAUCUUGGUGUUACAUGCAUCACCAACCCCCUGCGACGGCCACGAGGGCCCCGCAAAGGGCAUGUCAAGACCCUGAAGUCCCGCAUAGCGACCCUCGAGCGUCAACUGUAUGGGACCACUGAGAUACUCCCUGGUACCCCUACAAGUAGAGGGGAGAACGGGGGAUGCAAGUCGUCGGACGAAGAGCAGUUGACGGGGAAAUGCCUGAGCGAUGCCGCAGGCGAACAUGUCAUAGAGAUCACUCCAAACGGUGGAGCAGAUUAUACAGAGUAUCUGAUGGGCACACAACCGAUGGAUCUCUCAGGGUGGGCGAGCACGAUUCCGUUAGAUUUUCAAGGCGAUCUGGACAAGCAGAUGAACACUUAUCCCUGUUCCUCCACCUCGUCGUCCCCGUCGCCAUUAAUCGCCGCCCCCAAGUCCACAUCCAAUUUGGUGUUGGAAACCAGCUUUCUAUUCCCAGACCUGACCUCCCACCCAAUGCAACCAAUGUCAUUACCACCGCUAGCAACUCAGCCUCCCGUCCAGUUAACGCCUCUCGAAUGUGCAGAUCUCGACGAUAUGUUCUUCGAGCGAGCCUAUCUUUUCGCACCGAUAAUCAACCAACAACGCUACUAUGCGCGAGCAGCCGUGGAGUCACGAACGAGCGAGCCAUUUUCAUGUUUGCAAUACGCAAUGCGCAUGCUGGCGGCAUCAAUGGGAAGCCAGUUCAAGGCUAUUCUGCCCAUGUUGUAUACACAUACCAGUGGGACAUUGGAUGCCUGGGACCGCAACAUGCCGGACGAGGCAAUUCCCAUAGAGAUAGUUCAGGCACAGCUCCUGCUGGCAUUGUAUGGGAUUCUCAAGGAUGAUCCGCGAAAGGGAUGGGCCAGUGCUGGUCGCUGCUUCCAUCUGGUGCACCGGGCAAAAUUAGAUCAAAUAGACAACCCAAGCACCCGACGGUCGUGCCGUCUCUCGGAGGUAGAAGUUGAGGAGCGACGGCGCACAUUCUGGACUGCGUACGCCCUCGAUCGGUAUGCUAAUCUCGUGCAUGAGCUGCCCCUGACAUUAAACGACCAGAUGAUCCUCACACGCUUACCGGCUACUGAGACGGCAUUUCGACGACAGGGAGCCAUCAUGACGGAAUUCCUGGCCUCGGCAAUGUCCCAGAAGACGAACCAGCCACUCUCCCCAUACGCAAAAUCAAUGGUUAUCGUCACCAUCCUUGCCAGAUGCUUAGCACAUCGGAAUCAAUGCAAUGUCGAGCGCAUCACAGACCCCACGUCACAGGAAUACCUGGCUCGACACUGCGCGCUGGACAAGAUAUUGACACAAGAAAUCGAGACGAUAUUGACCAGCGUCUCUGCCGAUCUUGAGCCUUGUAAUCCUACCCGUCUGUACAUUGAAAUGCUCGCAGAAGCCGCUAUUUUGGUGCUUUUCACUGCGUUGAGCUCCAUUUCUGAGGGAGCCGAUGAGUUGUAUCGCGGGUAUCAGAAACGGGCUUGCACGGCAGCAGAGCGAAUCCAUAGCCAGGUACAGAGUCUGUCUCAGCUUGGGAUCUUCAAGGUUCAUCCGUUCACUCCCAUUGCACUGUUCAUCUGUGCUGAAUUCACUCGAUCUUGCAAGACAUUGAAUCCCAAUGCUGUGGAGCAGUACAAGGAUAUUUCUUCCUCGCUGCGGUACCUGGCAUCUGCGAAUAGCCUUGCUGGAAUGCUGCAUAUGGAGCUUCAGCAAAACGCGGGCAAUGGUGUGGAUGUCAGAGGUUAG